AUGCAUUGCAGUCACUUCCAUUUCGGCAAUAUAUUCCUAAUUCCUGAACCAGAUGCCGCCGUCACCUUCGUCUCGUUCAUAGAUUGCUGCAUCGAUAUCCCGACACUCGUUAUCGAGUUUGCAGUCAUCCGCAAUUGGAAUGUUUUCAGUAUCCUGAUUGCUAACUUCAUGAUGCCGCAUUCUUACUUUUCGAUAUUUGACUUCUCAACCCAGUGGUGCUACGAACACUUUAUUCAACCGCGGACACUGAAACGCGCGCGUGACAUUCGCGAUCAAUUUAUCGGUUUGUUGGAACGAGUCGAAAUCCCCUUAAGAAGCAACCCAGAAGAUCAUGUAAAUAUUCGGAAGGCUAUCACCGCUGGCUUUUUCUAUCACACUGCUCGUUUCACCGGGAACGGAUACAAAACGGUGAAGCAGAAACACACAAUUCAUCCACAUCCGAACUCAUGCCUGGCUGAAGUACAUCCCAAGUGGGUCAUCUACCACGAGUUAGUGUUCACCACGAAAGAGUUCAUGCGACAAGUGAUUGAGAUCGAACCCAAGUGGCUACUGGAGGUGGCCCCGCAUUACUACAAGGAGAAGGAAAUCGAAAUCACCUCGUCUACCGUGUCAAGAAAUAAGGGAAAGGCACGAGCCGAGCUUGAACCCCAAGAAGGGCUGUAGCCGCAUCCACUUGUGGCUAGUGUAUAUAGUCAGGAUGCUCUGACACUCCGUACUUGUACAAUAGACUGAUUUCACUCUGUUUUUCAUUGACUUCACUGCUUGCGUAGGAACGGUAACUCGCUGUAUUGGUUAAUGGGGCUAUUUUACCUUUCCUGAUCACCGUUGAAGUUAAUUGAAAUAGCUCUGGUGGACCACUUCUGAUUCCCAUUUUUCCAAGGGGUAAUAAAAAUGUGUUCCAUUGUACACUACACCGGUCAUCUGUAAGCAUAGGCGUCCUGAAACCACUAUUGGUCACAGUGAAGCGCACAUCCGAAAACGAAUAUCGCCGACUACUUCUAUUGUAUGUGUAAUGAUAUUUACCUUCAAGUAGCCUGUUUGGAUAGCGCUUACCAUUCGCCUCCUUGAAUAAACUCAGCCACUUGAC